GCGCAGCUCGGCAGCCGCCGCCAAACGGAGCCGGGCAGGUCUCGGUGCCACCAGCCCGCGGCUUGGAGCUUCUCCGGGUCUCGCCUACCGCCAGCCGGGACCCCCUUCAGGCAGGAGUCGCUCGGCGAGGAUCAGCGACAGCAGCACAAAGUUGGGGGUCCCUCACCCCUCCACCCCCUGCGAUGAUGAGGCUGUCCCCAACGCCCCAGAAGCUAAGCCGGAGUCUGGCACUGCUGGCCCUGGCGCUACCCCUCGCCACGGCACUGGCCUUCGACGAGACCCUGGACAAAGUGGCCAAGUCAGAGGGCUACUGCAGCCGCAUCCUGCGCGCCCAGGGCACGCGGCGUGAGGGCUACACGGAGUUCAGCCUCCGCGUGGAAGGCGACCCCGACUUCUACAAGCCGGGGAGCAGCUACCGCGUGACGCUUUUGGCUGCUCCUCCCUCCUACUUCCGAGGCUUCACAUUAAUUGCUCUCAAAGAGAACAGAGAAGGUGAUAAGGAAGAAGACCACGCUGGCACCUUCCAGAUUAUCGAUGAAGAAGAAACCCAGUUUAUGAGUAACUGCCCUGUGGCAGUCACUGAAAGCACCCCUCGGAGAAGGACCCGAAUCCAGGUGUUUUGGAUAGCACCGCCAGCAGGAACAGGCUGCGUGAUUCUAAAGGCCAGCAUUGUGCAGAAACGCAUUAUUUAUUUUCAAGAUGAGGGCUCUCUGACCAAGAAGCUUUGCGAACAAGAUCCCACAUUUGACGGGGUGACUGACAAACCAAUCUUAGACUGCUGUGCCUGUGGAACUGCCAAGUACAGACUCACGUUUUAUGGGAACUGGUCCGAGAAGACUCAUCCAAAGGAUUACCCUCGUCGAGCCAAUCACUGGUCUGCAAUCAUUGGUGGAUCCCACUCCAAAAACUAUGUGCUGUGGGAAUAUGGAGGCUAUGCCAGUGAAGGCGUCAAACAAGUUGCAGAAUUGGGCUCACCAGUGAAGAUGGAGGAAGAAAUUCGACAACAGAGUGACGAGGUCCUCACUGUCAUCAAAGCCAAAGCCCAGUGGCCAGCCUGGCAGCCUCUCAAUGUGAGAGCAGCACCCUCGGCUGAAUUUUCAGUGGACAGGACACGCCACCUAAUGUCCUUCCUGACCAUGAUGGGCCCCAGUCCUGACUGGAAUGUGGGUUUAUCUGCAGAGGAUCUGUGCACCAAGGAGUGUGGCUGGGUCCAGAAGGUAGUGCAAGACCUGAUUCCCUGGGAUGCAGGCACUGACAGCGGCGUGUCCUACGAGUCACCAAACAAACCUACAAUUCCCCAGGAGAAAAUUCGGCCCCUGACCAGUCUGGACCAUCCUCAGAGUCCUUUCUACGAUCCAGAGGGCGGAUCAAUCACUCAAGUAGCCAGAGUUGUCAUCGAGAGAAUUGCUCGGAAGGGAGAACAAUGCAAUAUUGUGCCCGACAAUGUCGAUGAUAUUGUAGCUGACCUGGCUCCAGAAGAGAAAGAUGAAGAUGACACCCCUGAAACCUGCAUCUACUCCAACUGGUCCCCAUGGUCGGCCUGCAGCUCCUCCACCUGUGACAAAGGCAAGAGGAUGAGGCAGCGCAUGCUGAAGGCACAGCUGGACCUCAGUGUCCCUUGUCCCGACACCCAAGACUUCCAGCCGUGCAUGGGCCCUGGCUGCAGUGACGAAGAUGGCUCCACUUGUACCAUGUCCGAGUGGAUCACCUGGUCACCCUGCAGCAUCUCCUGUGGCAUGGGCAUGCGGUCCCGGGAGAGGUACGUGAAGCAGUUCCCAGAGGAUGGCUCUGUGUGCACACUGCCCACCGAGGAGACGGAGAAGUGCACGGUCAAUGAGGAGUGCUCCCCCAGCAGCUGUCUGAUGACGGAGUGGGGAGAGUGGGAUGAGUGCAGCGCCACCUGUGGGAUGGGUAUGAAGAAGCGGCACCGCAUGGUCAAGAUGAGCCCAGCUGAUGGUUCUAUGUGCAAGGCGGAGACAUCCCAGGCUGAGAAGUGCAUGAUGCCUGAGUGCCACACCAUCCCAUGCUUGCUGUCUCCCUGGUCGGAGUGGAGCGACUGCAGUGUGAGCUGUGGGAAGGGUAUGCGGACCCGGCAGCGGAUGCUCAAAUCUCUGGCGGAACUGGGAGACUGUAAUGAGGAGCUGGAGCAGGUGGAGAAGUGCAUGCUACCUGAGUGCCCCAUUGACUGUGAACUCACGGAGUGGUCCCAGUGGUCAGAAUGUAACAAGUCAUGUGGGAAAGGUCACAUGAUUCGAACCCGUAUGAUCCAAAUGGAACCUCAAUUCGGAGGUGCACCCUGUCCAGAGACUGUACAGAGAAAGAAAUGCCGCAUCCGGAAGUGCCUUAGAAAUCCAUCCAUCCAGAAGCUACGCUGGAGGGAGGCCCGAGAGAGCCGGCGGAGUGAGCAGCUGAGGGAGGAGUCCGAUGGGGAGCAGUUCCCAGGCUGUAGGAUGCGCCCAUGGACGGCCUGGUCAGAAUGCACCAAACUGUGUGGAGGUGGGAUUCAAGAACGCUACAUGACUGUGAAGAAGAGGUUCAAAAGCUCUCAGUUUUCUAGCUGCAAAGACAAGAAGGAGAUCAGAGCAUGCCAUGUCCACCCCUGUUAGCAAGGGUCCAAAUUCCCCAGGGCUGCGCUCUUCCAGAUUCCACAGUCACCAAUGGUUGGAUUGUUUGCUUGUUUAAGAUGAUUUAAAUUGUGUCCACUAGUUUUCAUUUUGCAGUGUGGUUUGCCCAAUAGUCUCGUGGGUACCAGAGCCGUCGUGUCUGAAUACUUCUUGGUGGCUAGAGGCCAAGUGGGGCUUCCUUGCCCUCAGCUGCACAACAGUGAGUAGUGUCCGUCACUUUGUAGUAAACUGAAGCUUGUCCCUGUGGAGACUCCACCUAGCCAAGCAAGACAGAUUCUGGCCUCAUCCAUACAGAGGUCUCUGUGUCUGGGUGCAGCAAGUAGGAAACACACCCAUCAGAUACAGAGAACAGAUUUCCUUUUCUCCUCUUUGGCCUAUCCACUUUCAGAAAACUUUUCAUUUAGUAAAACUUUUGUUCUCUUA